UGAUAUGAUACGUACGGUAGUAUUUACUGUAUUGGCUUGCCACAAAAUUGAUCCUCGGCAUCGACCUCUGGGACCAAAACGGAACAACAGCAGUAGCACAGACAAUGACAAUAACAAUGUUAUCGGUAUCGGUAUCGGUUGAAUUCAUCAAUGAAAUUAUUGACAGUGUACUUGCUUCCGCCAAUGUCCCAUCGUCGAUCGUUUUAAGUCGUGUGGUGACAGCCGACGAGUGGAAAUCUUUGAAAUCGUCCCUCUACCUCGCAGGCACUAAGAAUGACAUAUUAGACAACGACAAUCAUCCGCCGUASUACUUCGGUAUUCAGGUAGUCGCUAGCUCUGAAGAACAAUUCCAAACGCCCGGCCAAUUGAUUGGAUUUUGUACCUUCUAUAUUGCGUAUAGCACCUGGGAUGGACGCAUGUUGUACGUCGAUCAGAUGGAUAGCGAAGCCGAUGGUAGCCUGUUGCUAUACCACACCUUGGCAAAGGUUGCUACUCGGAUCGGCGCUGGACGCUUUUGUUGGAAGGUAAGGAUCGAUUUCGACAUGAAUCUUUUUCUUCGGACUGAACGAUUGGGUCUCUCCUUUGUUCACGAUCCCCCGUUUCUCCUCUUGUAUUGCAACUAGGGAAAGGAACGACCGCUUUGGGAAGAUGCUGGAGCCAGUCCAGAGUUCUUGGAAGACUGGGUGUUUUUGUCGAUGAAUCGGUGCGCCAUGGCAAACUUUGUUGGUUCAACACCAAUAGAAUCGCCGGGAACAGUGGUUCCGAAUGGAGGAGAAUCAAAAAGAAUAAAACCGUUGCACCGCGUCUACGUUGAAGAGACAAUCCGAGAGACCCUUCACCAACAAACGACACCGUCCAACAUCAAGCUGAGAUUGGCUGGACCUGAAGACAGUGAUACGAUUGCCCGUCUCGUCAAACUGCUGGCGAUCUAUGAAAAGGAACCCGAUGCCGUCAACAUGGGAGCGAAAGACUAUUUGGUAGAUGGCUAUGAUUCUUCGGCGGAACCUCUAUUUUAUUGCAUACUAGCCGAUAUUACGUCACCAGAUGAAGCCAGCAAUGGAGGCAGGGAGAUUGCACCAUCAACGGCAACAACAGCUGCAAUGGGGUUGUUUUAUUUUGGAUAUAGCAUGGUCGAUGGACGAUUCCUGUACCUGGAAGAUUUAUUUUGUGACGAAAAAUUCCGAGGAAAGAGCGUGGGGACGACAAUCAUGAAACAAUUAGCACUGGUAUCUACAGUUUUAGAUUGCUGUCAAUUUGUCUGGACCGCCUUGGAUUGGAAUGCAVCAGCACUUUCCUUUUACGACAAAAUAGGGGCUACAGUAAAUGAUGACUUAAAGAUCACAAGAUAUUGUGGAGAGGAUCUUCAGGCGUUUGCAAUAUCUCGACCAUAACACCUGCUGUUACAUAAAAGUAAAUGCGACACGCGAACCUGUUCAUGAUGUAUCCACCAAAUAGAAUCUGAAACCAAUAGAUUAAGAAAUAUUUAAAGUCCUU